AUGAACAACAACAAGAGACGAGGAGAUCCACCUCCUUCAUCCGCACAAGCAAAGAGGUUUCAACAGCAGAAGCCACCACAAUCAGUGGAUGAAUAUGAGGAAAUGGACGAAGAUAUUGAAGAAACCCUACUUCUUCGAGAGGAAGAAGAAGCUCUCAUUCGCAAAGAUGAAGAAGAACGAGGUCAAGUCAUUGCCGCUCGUCUCUCUAAAUGGAAACGCCCUAAUCUAUCUCCUGCUUAUAUCUCUCAAUCAAAGAACAUCAUUUUCCAGCAAUUGGAAAUUGAUUACGUAAUUGGGGAAAGACAUAAAGAGCUGUUGUCUAGUUCAUCUGGUGGUGCUUCCGCUGCUAUCCUAAGAAUUUUUGGUGUUACAAGAGAAGGGCAUAGUGUUUGUUGUCAUGUCCAUGGCUUCGAGCCCUAUUUCUACAUCAAUUGUCCUCCAGGAAUGACCCCUGAUGUUAUCUCCCGUUUUCGUCAAGCUCUCGAGGCAAGGAUGAGGGAAACCAAUAAUAAGAACAACAACGUCUCCAAAUUGGUCUUGAGAAUGGAAAUCGUGCAGAAGAGAAGCAUUAUGUAUUACCAGCAAGUGCAGUCACAUCCUUUUCUUAAGAUUGUACUCGCAUUACCAACAAUGGUUGCUGGUUGUCGAAGUAUCCUUGAGAAGGGGAUACAUAUAGAUGGACUUGGUUCAAAAAACUUUAUUACUUAUGAGAGUAAUGUUCUUUUUGCUCUACGUUUCAUGAUUGAUUGCAAUAUCAUUGGUGGAAAUUGGAUUGAAUUACCUGCUGGUAAAUACAAGAAGACAAUACGAACGGUCUCUUCUUGCCAGUUGGAAAUUGAUUGCCUAUACUCAGAAUUAAUCAGCCAUCCCCCAGAAGGAGAAUUCUCAAAAAUGGCUCCAUUCCGCAUAUUGAGUUUUGACAUUGAGUGUGCUGGUCGCAAAGGGCAUUUUCCCGAGGCUAUCCAUGAUCCUGUUAUUCAGGUGGCAAAUCUUGUUACUCUACAAGGAGAAGACCAGCCAUUUGUGCGCAACAUCAUGGCCCUUAAGUCGUGUUCUCCAAUUGUUGGUGUUGACGUGAUGUCGUUUGAGACAGAACGAGAAGUACUGCUAGCUUGGAGGGAUUUUAUCCGUGAUGUGGACCCUGACAUUAUAAUUGGAUACAACAUCUGCAAAUUUGAUUUGCCAUAUCUUAUUGAGAGGGCUGCGGCACUAAAAAUAACAGAAUUUCCAAUAUUGGGGCGCAUCAGGAACAGCAGAACUCGUGUGAAGGAUGCAACUUUUUCAUCAAGGCAGUAUGGUAUUCGGGAGAGUAAAGAAGUUACAAUCGAAGGGAGAGUUCAAUUUGAUUUAUUUCAGGUCAUGCAAAGGGAUUACAAGCUGAGUUCUUAUUCAUUGAACUCUGUUUCAGCGCACUUCUUGGGGGAGCAGAAAGAGGAUGUACAUCACUCAAUUAUAUCUGAUCUUCAAAAUGGCAACUCAGAGACUAGGAGGCGACUUGCUGUCUAUUGCCUGAAGGAUGCAUAUCUUCCUCAACGUCUAUUAGACAAACUGAUGCUUAUUUACAAUUAUGUGGAAAUGGGUCGUGUAACGGGUGUUCCCAUCUCUUUUCUUCUUUCGAGAGGGCAAAGCAUCAAGGUUCUUUCUCAACUUCUCAGGAAGUCAAGGCAGAAGGACCUUGUCCUCCCUAAUGUCAGAAAGCAGGGGUCUGGAGAAGGAACAUUUGAGGGUGCAACAGUUCUGGAAGCAAGGACAGGGUUUUAUGAAAAUCCAAUUGCAACACUGGAUUUCGCCUCGUUGUAUCCGUCAAUCAUGAUGGCUUAUAACCUAUGUUACUGCACCCUGGUAACUCCUGAAGAUGUUCGCAACCUGAACCUGCCACUUGAGUGUGUCAACAAAACUCCGUCCGGGGAAACAUUUGUAAAAUCAAAUCUACAGAAGGGAAUUCUUCCUGAAAUUCUUGAAGAACUGUUGGCUGCUCGUAAAAGGGCGAAAGCAGAUUUGAAGGAAGCCAAGGAUCCUCUGGAGAAGGCUGUGCUGGACGGUCGUCAGCUGGCUCUAAAGAUAAGUGCAAACUCUGUCUAUGGGUUUACAGGAGCUACCGUUGGCCAAUUACCCUGUUUAGAGAUAUCUUCUAGUGUGACCAGCUAUGGUCGCCAGAUGAUUGAGCACACAAAGAAGCGCGUGGAAGACAGAUUCACUACUCUUAAUGGCUAUGAACACAAUGCUGAGGUUAUUUAUGGGGACACUGAUUCGGUAAUGGUACAGUUUGGUGUGUCAACUGUAGAAGCAGCAAUGAACUUGGGAAGAGAAGCCGCUGGAUUAAUUAGUGACACUUUUACCAAGCCCAUCAAAUUAGAGUUUGAGAAGGUUUAUUAUCCAUAUCUAUUGAUUAACAAGAAGAGAUAUGCUGGACUGUAUUGGACAAAUCCUGACAAGUUUGACAAAAUGGACACCAAAGGCAUUGAAACAGUUCGAAGAGACAACUGUUUGCUGGUGAAAAACCUUAUAACAGAGUGCCUUCACAAAAUACUAAUUGACAGAGACAUUCCUGCUGCUGUCCAAUAUGUCAAGAAUACAAUCUCGGAUCUCCUUAUGAACAGAAUGGAUUUGUCACUGUUGGUAAUUACUAAGGGUCUAACAAAAACAGGAGAUGAUUACGCGGUGAAGACAGCACAUGUCGAGCUUGCCGACCGCAUGCGCAAGAGGGAUGCUGCUACUGCGCCUAAUGUUGGAGAUCGUGUACCAUAUGUAAUCAUUAAAGCUGCUAAAGGUGCUAAGGCUUAUGAAAGGUCAGAGGAUCCCAUUUACGUGCUGGAAAAUAAUAUACCAAUAGAUUCCCAAUACUACCUUGAGAAUCAAAUUAGUAAGCCACUUUUGAGAAUAUUCGAGCCCAUUUUAAAGAACGCAAGCAAGGAACUUCUCCAGGGAAGUCACACAAGAGCUGUUUCCAUAUCAACACCUUCAAAUAGUGGAAUCAUGAGGUUUGCUAAGAAGCAGCUUAGCUGUCUUGGCUGCAAAGCCCUCAUAAGUAAUACAGAACAAACUCUGUGCUCGCAUUGCAAGGGAAGAGAAGCUGAAUUAUACUGCAAAACCAUAGCCAAUGUGGCAGAGUUGGAGAUUCUUUUCGGAAAGUUAUGGACGCAGUGCCAGGAGUGCCAGGGCUCUCUUCACCAAGACGUGCUCUGUACAAGCCGAGAUUGCCCAAUAUUCUAUCGGAGGAAAAAAGCACAAAAAGAUAUGGCUGAAGCUAAGGUUCAGUUGGAUCGGUGGCAAUAUUGAGAUCAAUGUAGUCAAUAUCGGAUUUCGGUUUAUCUAUGUCGAGACCGAUACACUGGUACAACUUUGUAUCGGGGAGAUUUCGGUUCAAAAUAUAGGUUUCAAAUUUCAUAUCUAGAAUUAUGUUUCUAGUAAUUAGAUGUUAGAUCUAAAGUUUCAAUUACACCCGUCAAUUUAUAUACCUAUUUCUUCCCCA